UCUUAACUUUCGUUUCAGUUAUUCGCGUUGUGGAGUACAGUAUUUAUUUGUAAAGAAUUUCGAAUUCUAUUCAUUAUGAAAAGGUGUUUUACCUGAUCCAUGAAGAAAUAUUACUGAACCAGUAGCUUUUUCGCAUGUUUGUUUGACAAUUCUUGUUACAAAUCUUUCCAUGGGCGCCGCCAUGUUUACCCACAAUCCCCUAUCGUUGACAAGUGCGCCUGUCGGAACUCGCUGGAGGCAAUGAACUAGCCCUCCACACUGUAAAAACAGAAUUAUGAAGUGGGAGUACAAACCUGGUUUGAUCUGAGAGAACAUAAAAUAAGCGGUGAUGGCUUCGACAAAGGAAGCCGAUUCUGAUGGAUCAUUCACACCAUCAGAAGGUAGUGACUUGGAGGUACACAGCGAUCAUGACUCUGACUAUGAGAGUGAAGAGGAGGAGGAUCCAAAAUCCAAGUCCAAUCUCAAUAUUCAAUGGACAGGCUAUGGCAAGAAGACACCUGUCAUUGUGUUCAAUCCAGAGAGUGUGUUUAACAAGAGGUUAAAUAUGCGCAUUGUCGGUGAACGCUAUCAUAUGACUUACAAGUUCGGCAAUUCGGAGUGUAAGAUCGUGCGUACAAUUCUAAACGCUCACGGCUUCCAUGAAGUGCACCCCAACAGCUCCGACUACAACAUUGUGUGGACAGGAGCUCACCUAAAACCGUUCACCCUACGCAGUCUUUCAGAGUUCCAAAAAAUCAAUCAUUUUCCACGAUCAUACGAGUUGACAAGGAAAGACAGGCUAUUCAAAAACCUACAAAGAAUGCAACAAAUAAAGGGCCUGAAACAUUUUGACAUUGUUCCUGCAACUUAUGUUCUUCCUGGUGAAUAUCAGGAUUUCUGCUCUGCAUUUCUGAAGGACAAGGGCCCCUGGAUAGUGAAGCCUGUGGCUUCCUCACGUGGCCGUGGCAUCUUUCUUGUCAAUCAUCCUGAUCAGAUUCCAUUAGAUGAAAACCUAGUCGUUUGUCGUUACAUCAACAAUCCAUUGUUGAUUGAUGGUUUCAAGUUUGACAUUCGCCUCUAUGUAGCCGUCACUUCCUAUGAUCCUCUUCAGAUAUACUUGUACGAAGAAGGGCUAACCAGGUUUGCGUCAGUAAAGUAUGAGAAGAACAUGAGACACAUGAGGAACACCUUCAUGCACCUCACCAACUAUAGCAUCAAUAAGAAGAAUGAGGAAUAUGUCAGUAAUGACGAUGCGGAUGUGGAGGACUAUGGUAACAAGUGGUCGAUGGGUGCGAUGUUACGGUACCUGCGGUCCAACGGCCAGGAUACAGCCGCCUUAAUGAUGAAAAUUGAAGAUGUGAUCAUCAAAACCAUCAUAUCUGUAGAACUGCCUAUAGCCACUGCCUGCAAAAUGUUCAUGCCCUUCAAGGGCAACUGUUUUGAGCUGUAUGGGUUUGACAUCAUGAUUGAUGAGAACUUGAAGCCCUGGGUGCUAGAAGUGAACCUGUCCCCUUCACUGGCCUGUGACAGCCCUCUAGAUUUGAAGAUCAAAGGGCACAUGCUGUGUGAUCUCUUCAGCUUGACAGGAAUUAUAUGCCAUGAUCCAAUGAUGAGAACAUUGCAACAGAGUCGUCGCAAUCAGGACGUUGCUUCCAAGAUGGCUGCCCGUGCAAAGUCUGCACGUGUCCGCACGAUGCCCAUAAGUGUGAAACAGAGACCGUCGUCUGCAGGUAGCCUGAAGAAGGGUUCCACCUCUAACCGUGAAUCUGAAGCAAGCACCAAUAAAAAUCUGGCUGGGCUUAACAGCGAGGAGAUACGCAUUCUGCGCCGUAUCAAGGAGGAGGACUCUCGCAAGGGCGGCUGGGUGCGGAUAUUCCCGACGGCCGACUCUUGGGACUUGUACUCGAGCUUCUUGCAGUUCACGACAACUCAUAAUGUUACGCUUCACCAGAAACUGUACCCGGACAGGCACAAGAGCUCGUCCACAGCUGUGGUUGCAAGAGGGUCCACAUCUGUGGGGUCAAGGACAAAAGGUGAUCAGCAUCCCAAACUAACCUUGAGUGCAUACAUACAACUGACAAACAAUACAAGCUCUGUGAAGCCAACUGCAGAGCUGUCCGCAGCAUAUGCACAUGCUAUGAUGAGAACGAGACGAUACGAGAGAAAGCUGGGCACAAGGCGCUUCAAAACGAGGCGAAGGAAACGAACAGAGCGUCGAGAGCGUCCAAAGCUGGUUCAGGGCGUGCAAGAGGAGUCAGGGGAGGAGCAAGGGGGGGAAGAGCAGGAGGAGGUGGAGGAUGAUGAGCAGCCCAUCACAGAGAGGAACAUCUCCGAGAAGAACAACCAGAUGUCUAAGAAGAUGGAGAACCCGCCAUCGAGGACAGAGAGUGAAGAGGUGAUCCAAAUAGUGGUGGACAAGGAGCGAGGGGACGGGGCAGGCCCUAAAAAGGCCACAGGGCUGGCCUCACUGGCCCGGAACAAGGAGCCAGAAUUUGGGGCCACAUUAAGGGCCACAUUAGGGGCCACAGAGGAGGAAGGGCAGGGGCCUGGGGCUGAGGCGAUGAUGAAUGUUCCAUCCGCAGUGGGUGCUCAGUUGCAGGUUCACCCGCCCGAACCCAAGUACAAUGUGGUGGAGCUUCUCACGCAGGGAUUUACACUGAGUAAAGUUCAGGCACGUACUGCAUUUGCCAUGUACCUGGUGCGUGUUCAGCAGCGUCUGAUGGCUGACAGUAAUUCACUGACACAGGAUGAUGUAGAUGGUCUUAAUGAACAAAUGGAUCUGGUGCUGAGGUUUUUAAAGCGAGCAGCUGUCAACUUGCAGCAACCUUUUAAAGUUGUCGUACCUAGUCGCAAACUGCCUCUAAACGAUCGGCGGAGAAUAUUAGCCAAGCAGCUGGGGGACUUUGUUCACAUUUAUAACAAGCUUAUUGGUCGAGGAAAAGAGGAGACGGAGCAGUUACACGCCCGGCAGCAGCAGGAACGGAAACACUCUCACGCCAGACGGGCAAAUGGUUCAGAGCUAGACGACACAAAGUUUGACAGAUUUGUUCACACUGCAAGUGAAGGGGAACUUGAAGAAGUGCUUACUACGUACACCAAGAUCAACAAGUCUGCCAGCAUAUUUCUUGGUGGAAAAUCGCCUGCAGAGGCUAACAAUCACAUACCGACUACAGGUACAACAAAAUUGGGCAACUCAAUGCAGCACAUUGGAGCCACAUCCUCUGCCAUGAGGACAGAAUCUCAAGCCAGUCUCGGUAAGAGGAGAGAGAGUUCCAUGUCGGAUAAAACAUCGACACCUGUCCCACCCAAAACAGUCACAGGGUGGGAGGAUGUCCCCAAAGCUAUUCACAGUGUGCCAACGUCCAGCUCAGACCUCCGACCUCAGCCGACAGGAACAUUGAGUCACACUGGCAGUCAGAGCAGCCUGCACCAGGCAUCUCGGCCGGCCUCCUAUAACACCAACUCUGCCUCUUCAUACGCCACUGCUGUACAGGUCUACACGCAGAAACUGUCCACACUGAGGCCGCAUAGCGCUAAAAGCACCGGGCCCAAGACAGAAACUAUAUCAGCACUGUAUGAUGGACGGAUGACCAUGCCAGCUGACCAAGUGACAGUGCAAGGAACAACAUUCCUUCAUGAGUUAGACGAAAAGCUGAGAUCGCGACCGUCAUCUGCUCACAUGUCACGUCCUACGUCUGCCGCUCACACCGCAUAUGGAAGCACCCCAGAUCUCCAAGGCAUAAGAGACCCAGAUGAAAAUAGCUCCUCCCCAAAACGGAGCUCGAUUCAAUUCAGCAAACAUUUUGCUCGUAAAGAUCCCUACAAUGAGAGGGUGAUAACAGAGGCUUUACAACGACUGACCAUGCGGCAGCAGGCGCGCCAGUACUCCGCUAUAAAUAGCACCAGCCUCGUCCCAUCUGACACCAGCAGACCCUCGUCGGCCGCUGGAGUGCGCUUGGACGGGGAAAACAAGCGACCUUGGACUGCCUAUGAAACCACUGGAGUCACGCAUACAGCCAGUCAGGUGUCACGUGACCAGGGUGCAGCGGGUGACAGUGGUAUAGUUACCUCCUCAAAGUACAUCUCAAUGGAGGAGCACGUUUCCAAAAACCGGCCACCUUCUGGGACAAGGGAAAUGCGGGUCCAGUCAGCGAUUGACCUAAAAACGCUCGAAUCGCAACGAAAAAAACAGACUAACGUGAAUCUGCAAAGUGCUAACGCAACUUUCAACAGUUUCAUCGACGAUCAUGGCCAGCAGUGGCAGAACGACCUGGCGAUGGCGUACAGUCAGGUGACGGGCGUGGUCCCCCAGAACUACCACACCCCGUCGCAGUCCAGCAAGCAGUACCAGAUCCUGCAGCAACAAACCCAGCUGAAGCAGCAGAGCAAGGUGCUACUGGAGCAGAGCAAGGCCAAACAUCAGGUAUGGGAGAGCAAGGUGCUAUUGGAGCAGAGCAAGGCCAAACAUCAGGCAAUGAUAGCGCAGGCACAUGCUGUCCAGAAAUCGCUGACAAGACCGGAGUCAGAGAACACCAUGGUACAGAUGUACGCCCCAAAACCUCCAAUCAAACCUGGGUCGCGUAAAGCCACCAGCAGUCACCACCGCAUGCCCAGGAGGACUGUUCCAGAAGAGACCAGUUUGAACUUCCAGUUUUAUUCCAGCAACAAACCAGCAAUGAAUGGAGGAUGGUAGUGUUGACAUCUGCUGACAAAGUUUCAAACUGAAUCAUGGGAAAGAACUCUACAUGGCUUAAAAGGGACAACCCAGAAAAGACUUCUACCAAAGAAUGCUGUGAAAAAGAGGCUCCAAUAUUCACAACGUGUGUGAUUCUAGGAACAUGUAUACUUCAUGAUUGGACAUAUUGAAACUGUUGGAUGUAAAAAAUUAGAAUUGAAGGCAGUUGUUACAGGUUUUAUUUAUUAUAAUAAUACCUGGCUCUAACAUGGUACUGAUAUUAUCAGUACCCAUAAUCUUAAUUAACCCAAUUACAUGUAUUGCUAAACAUCAAUAUAAAUUAACAUUUCAAAACUUUUAAUACUUUUACUUAAUAAUAUAACAUUAUUUUUAAUGAAUAUUAAUUCUGCUUUCUGUCUCCAACCUCAAUCAUACAUAUCUAUGUAAAUACUGCUCACAUUUAAUUUAUUCACUUAUUUUAUGUUCUAUUUUGUUUAAGACAUAUUUUAAUAUACUAUCAAAUCUUAUUGCACGUUUGUAUGUGCUUCAUGUAUACAGAAUUGUAAUUGUGUAAAUACUGUUAUUUAUUUCCAUAAAUUUUAUAUUCUUUAUCUGUGAUAUUACCUUAGUCAGAAAGCCGAGCCAUAUUACCAUUCCUUGAUUGCAUCAGUUUUUAUGAUAUUUUUUUGGUAUUAGUUAUAAUCUAACAUUGUUUGCUACAAACCUUCAUCAAGGUUUAAAUGUGCGUUGCCUAAAAUGUGGCUAAUAUUUGCAAGAAUAUUUAUAAUGGUUGCUCUGACCAUGUGAAAGGUGAUAUUCUAGUGAUUUGUAUACCUGUGUUAAAGCAAGAAAAUGUGCAUGUCUGUAACUGGAUUGAAUGAAAUACUGGGACAUGUAUGUGGAUGUAUAAAAAUGUUAAUACAUUUGAUCAUGCAUGUAACAACAUUUCUAACAUGGCUCUUGAUGGAGUAUUAUGAGUAUUUAUACUUAUCACCAUAGUGGAUAUGGACCUUAACUUUUAUGUUUGUUUGGUAUUGUAGACAGACUAAAGGAGCAUGCUGUUUAUGAAUGCAAAUGUGUUGUUUUUUUUUCAACAUAGUGUUACACCGUAAUACUUCUAAAAGUUUUAAAUUGUUAUUCUUCUGAUUUAUUUGUGAAUUCAGACAAGUGCUUUGUGAAAGAAUUUAUAUGCAUGCAUGUAUAUUUGAACUUAAUUAUUUAUUGUGUGUGCGUGUGUGUGAGUUUGUGUCAAAAUGUAAUGAUUUUGAAUGAAAUUUUAAUUUUAGGGUCUUUUAUAAUCAAACAUAUUAUGCCAUUUUAUUUGAUUAUUUCGAUUAAAUGCAUUGGUUCAAAUGUGAAAUUUAACAUAUGGGUAGUUCAUGUUGAUUUUUAGAUUUUUUUUAAUCUCUUACCACAGUUGUGUUUAAAUAAACAGAGUGUAGAAAUUAAAGGAGCCUAUUAUAAAUAAAAAUUCUACAUCGAAAAUUGUAAUCCCAUUGACUACAUGUGAAUUGUAACACAAGUUAUAAACAUAUUUGAAAGUUGUUUUGUAGAUGCUUGUGUCUAAAAUAGAACAGGGUGUUGACUUUGCCAUAUAGGAUGCAUAAUUUUUUCAACUUUUCAUAUUAUUAAUUUGCAUUGUAUUAACAUUUUUUGGUUUUGCAGAUUCAUUUUUGAUUUUCUGUAUGGAAUGAAUCAUUCAAGCUUGACUGAUGAUACAUGUACUUUAUUUUGGUCACAUUUGAAGUACGACUGAAAUGUUUAUCUCAUAGCACUAAGUCCGACUAUGAAUAUCAGGACUAUCUCUGCCAUUUGUCAAAUAAGCGACUGGAAACAAAGUGACUCUUUAUGGGUUAACAAUAUUAUAUAGCUUCAACUUUUCUCCACAAAAUCAUUAAAAGAGUAAGAUGUUAGAGGAAAUUUGUCACAUAGAGGCACAUUUGGCUUCAGAAAAUUGUGUGCAAGAGAAGCCUGAAUAUGUUAGAAAAAUUGUCAAAGAAUGUAAAAGAAAGAAUCACUAGCCAAAGAGGUAGUUGCUUAUAUACAAUUGUACAAUGUUCUCUGAGACAAGUUCUCAGUAUGCAUAUCUGUUAUGCUAUGAUAGUAUGUUGUUAGAAAGUAGACGAAGCUUGGGUGGUUGAAAAUCAAAAUGUGCGCUAGAAAGUUGUUUUAAGUUAGUAUUGGGUAUUUCCAGAGAUAUCUUCAUAUACAUACAAUGUACCUAUAAACAUUUUUCUUGAAAUCAGAACUUUGCCAGGAAAACCUGAAUUCUGUUUGAGAAUUAUAUGCUUUAACCCUUUCCCACUUAGAAGCAAAGUGAAAAUGGCUAUGUACAAACAGCUUAAAACCAGAACCGCCUGCGAGUCACUCAGUCUGUUCAGGUUUUAUGCUGUUUGCUGCUCAUCAGUAUCUGAGGGUCGGAAAUGAAGCCUUUAAAACUUGAAUAUAGUAAUAAAGGUGUUUAUUUAACUUUAAGAUUCUAAGGGACUACAAAUGCGUUAAAAUAUGUAUCUAAGUUGUAAAGGGUUAAAUCCUAUAAUAUAUUCAGACAAUCUGUAGAAUGUCAUGUUUGCAAGCCAGAUUUCCACAAUUUUCCAGUGCAGUUUUGUCAGCUAGUGUGCUGAUGUUGACCCAUGCUAGUCUUUGUAGUAUCAAGUAUGUGGAAUUGCCCUAUAUUUAAAUUAUUAUUUUUCAUGCCCAUGCUUUAUAAUUUAGUUAAUCUGUUAAUAAAGAAUUCCAGUAAGACGUAGAGGUUUUAAGUGUUUGUGUUUUUACACUGCAUUGUUUACCAUGACCUUUAUAAUGUGUUCUUGAAAGAAAAAUUGAUGCAUUUACCUUGGAUUUUAAACCUCUAUAGAAAUAAAAUUAUGUUUAUUUUUAUUCUUUUUAAAUGUGUUUAAACAAUUUAAAUUUUAUUUUCUUCAUUAUAUAGUUUACCUUUUAUGCCAGCAUUAUUAUUAACAUAUUUAAGCUAUUUCAUGGACAUUAAGGGAAAGUCAAACUAUUCUCUAAGUAUACAUGGCAAUAUUUUGAACUAGAAUGUAUGUACUGAAUACUGAGGGAAAUAAUUUCACUAUUACCAAAUGCCUAUGAAAUAUCUGUUUUAAUACCUACUUCUCAAAAUGAUGUCAAAGAAUGAACAAUAAUAAUAAUAUUAGUAUUAUCAUUAUUAUUAUAAAAUGGACUAAAGACUCGAAAGCUAAUUUAUAAUUAUUUAUACAAUCAGUUCCCAAUUGGACAAGAUGCCAUACAUUUCUACAUUAAAAAAAUUGUAAACUUGCUAAAACAAUUUCAAACUAGCUAAAACAAUUGCAAAUCAGCUCAUCAAUUAUGAUGGCAAGCUUAGUUAACUCCCCUUAAAAUAUGACUUUUUUUCCAAAAGAUAAAUAUUUAUUAUGAAAUAAGAAAGGGGACAGUUAAAGAUACAGGUUUCAUUUUAUUAAACAUGUUUGAUUCCUAUAAAGAAACUGUUUUGUGGUAUCUUUAGUUCAGCAGUAUUUUUACUAAUCUUGUUGUUAGUUUUUGAUUGAGCCUUGUACUGGGAAAACUGUGAUGAAUGCAUUUGCGUAAAGUGCUAUUCCAGAUUAGUCUGUGUAGUCUGACACUGUCCUCUUUUAAUUUUUACCCUUAUAGAAAGUCUCUGCUGGACGAAAUCCAGUUUUGGCGGAAAUUGUCAUCCAAUAAGCCCGUCCUCUUAAUUUUUACCCUUAUAGAAAGUCUCAUUUGAACGAAAUCCAGUUUUGGCGGAAAUUGUCAUCCAAUUAGCCUGUGCAAACUGCAGAGGCUUAUCUAAGAUGACACUUAACCACAUGCAUUUAGUCCAGUUUUCCGAGAACGAGGCACAAUCACUCAUGUAUAGUGUAGUUUAUUGAUUUGAGAUGUUUAAUUUAGAAUGAUUUUGUGUAAAUUGUGACUUGUAUAUUUUGUUAUGGCAUACAUAAUCAAAGAUCAUUCCUAUCAUAUGUGAUACAAUGUUGAAUGGUGAAUUAGAAGAAAAUAAAUUGUAAUAACACAA